AUCUAGUACUACACGUAAAUCAAAAAUAAUUUUGUGUCAAAAGAACGGCACGCGAUUUGAAGGAAUCAGUGAAGAAAAUAGCUUGAAACUAAAAAGUACUUUAUAAAACUAUUCAAUAAUUCUUUUAACUAGUGGUGUAUAAUAAUCAAAACUCAAGCGCUAUGAAUAUGUUAGCGAAAGCGUUCCGAGUGCCAUCGGUGAAGCAGUUGUCGAUUGCCGUGGCUCCAACCAAAAACAUUGUCGGCAAGCGGGAUUUCACCAGAACUAUUUGGUACAUGUGCCGUUCGGAAAACAUCAACGGAUCGCCAUCGGCCUUUCCCAAAGAACUCCUCAAACCGACCAUCAGUUGUUCCUGCGGUUGUGCCGGCUCGAAGCAUAUCCACACCAAAGGCGAGCGUGAACUUGUUGAAUUUUUGACCGAGGAAAUCGUUGCCGAAAAGAAAGCUCAGAAGAAGAAAACUCUUCCAACAGACAUCGAUGGAUUCAAAGUGAAAUUGAACGGAGCUGAUGUGGAACUCACCAAGCAAGCUGACAAGGAAAAAAUUGUUGUAUCCUUCAACGUAAACCACACCGUCGAUGCUGAAGAUGAAGCAGAAAUCGAUCCCAAUGCAGAUAAGCCAGAAUUCGCAGAAAUGCGAAGCAAACCACAAUUUGAAGUAGACAUCGUGAGAGGAUCCCAGACCCUGAGUUUUACUUGUUCGUUCCUUCAGGGCGAGGCACAAGAAGGAGAAUACAAUGAUGUAUUUGGUAUCGAUGAAAUAACAUUGUUCGAAGGAGAAUGGAACGAUAAAGUUUAUGCAGUAGCAGGAGAUGUUUUGGACGGAUAUCUGUACGACUUGCUAAUGAACUUCCUAGAAGAGAAAGGCGUGAGCAACGAGUUUGCAGAAAAACUAUCCGAUUUCAGUACUGCAUAUGAACAUACCGCCUACAUAAGCUUACUGGAGGGUAUUUCCAAAUUCACCAUCGAAAAGAAAUAGAUUCAUCGAUUGUGUAGCAUUUAAAUACGUUGAUAAAAACUUUAAUUCCUAACUUUA